AUGUCAUCAUCACGGACACAGCCAAUUUUUGAGCCCAUUUCGCGGGAUCUCACCGACCCUGUGUAUCCAGACAAUCCCUCAAAAUCAUUCAUUGAAAGAAACAGGCCUAUUCGGGGUGACCUGGAAGCUAUUAAACCGGAAGAAUUUGACCCUCGCGUCCCAUACGGAUGGGGAUUCUUCAUUUACCGUGCCGUUUCCGGCGACGGGACCGAUGCUCGUUUUGCUGAGGGCCUGAAUCGCCUUGAGAAAUGGCUCAGAUGGGAGGCUAGGAACUCGCGUUACAACAACGACGACGAGGCAGCCAGAUGGAAGGAACACCCAGAUUAUAUGCCAGCGCCUGGUGAACCUGAUGUUAUUAAUGAAGUCGCAGCGCGAAUGUGGAAUGAGGUGGUAGAAGAAUACCCAGACGCCCAGGAGAUAAUUACCGAUCCAUCGGUCUAUUACCCUGAGGACCGCUCGCCUGCAGUGGCCGAUAUAAUGGCAGCAGCAUUUACCUGGCUGGAAUGCGAAAAACUCAUGGUAGAAUCACCCGACUACAUUAUUCUAGAUGGCUGA